UGCGCGCGCCGCCCGCGGCCGCCAUCUUGUGGGAGGGCAGAGGCGAAGGGCAGAGCGCGGUCGGGACGGCGGCGGCGGCGGCGGCCCAGGACAAGCAGCCAUGGCUGGCCAUGACUCGGGAUCUCAACACCAGUUCACUGGAUUUCAGAAGUACUUCAAUUCCCAUACCAUGAUAGGCAGGAGGAAUUAUGUAAUAGCAACGUACACAAGUGUUGCACUCCUUGUCUUGUAUUUCAAGUUUAGGCCUAAGAAGCAAGCUCCUGCUGUGACAGAUAAGUGUGACAGCUAGUGACAAUGGCUGAUGUUCCAAGUGACAAGUUCCUGGCAUGUCUGAACCCCCAAUCUGUGUCAGUGUAAUGCAGGCUGAUGACCUGUUGUGGCUAAUAAAAUAUCAAUAAUUACUUGUUUUAUUGGAAAUAUGAAAUGGUCCAAAAAAGCCA